AUGAACACCAUGCGCAUCGAUCCUGGUGUUGCGUACGCACUCGCGGCUUUUGUCACGUGGGGCCUCUACCCGCUGUACUGGAAGCAGCUUUACGGCAUUCCCGACCUCCAGCUCGCCAUGCACCGGAUCUCCUGGGCCUUUGUCGUUCUCGCCGGUAUGCUCACGUACAAGCGGCAAUGGACUGAGUUCAAGCGCGGCGUCUCGAGCUGGAAGGUCUUUGGCACGUAUACACUCUCGAGCAUCUUCAUCUUUACCAAUUGGUACCUCCUCGUGUGGGCCAUCAACGCCGGCUACAUUAUCGAAACGAGCCUCGGUGUCUUUAUCAACCCGCUCAUCAACGUCGUCUUUGGCGUGCUCAUCUUCAAGGAGACGCUCAGCAAGUGGCAGUGGGUCUCGAUCGGUCUUGCGUGCUCGGGUGUCGUCGUCGUGGCCGUUGCGUACGGCAAGCUGCCGUGGAUCGCGCUCACGAUGGCGUUGACCUUUGCUCUCUACGGCUUGAUCAAGAAGCAAGCGCCGCUCAAUGCUCUCCAUGGCAUGAUGCUCGAGACGUCGAUUUUGUUUCCAAUCGCGCUCACGUACCUUAUCGUCGUCGAAUGCCAAGGCACGGGCGCCUGA